AUGACCCUGAGGGGUGUGUUUGUGGGGAGUGCUGAGGGCUGGGGAGCCAGGCGUGGGGAUGAGCAGUGGGGCCCCACCAGGCCUAGGGGCUGCCCCCACCUGGAGGGCUCCUCGGCUGGGAGGCAGCGUGCGGGGCGUCCUGAUGAGGACCCUCCCGGGAGACGGGCACCCAAAGCUGACGUCUUGCUGCUGGCGCUGUAUCUCUUCUUCCUGGGGUCCCCCCGCUGCACCCCAGCCCUGCCGUCCUGCAAAGAGGAGGAGUAGCCGGUGGGCAGCGAGUGUUGCCCCAAGUGCAGCCCAGGUUACCACGUGAGGCAGGCCUGCGGGGAGCUCACGGGCACCGUGUGCGUGCCCUGCCCCCCGGGGACCUACACCGCCCACCACAACGGCCUGAGCGAGUGUCUGCCGUGCCGCGUGUGCGACCCAGCCAUGGGCCUGGUCACCAGGCAGAACUGCUCCAGGACGGAAAACACCCAGUGUGGCUGCAGCCCAGGCCACUUCUGCGAGGAUGGUGACCACUGCGCUGCAUGCCGGUCCCACACCUUGUGCCGCCCAGGCCAGAGGGUACAGGAGAGAGGCACUGAGAGGCAGGACACGGUGUGCCAGGACUGUCCCCCGGAGACCUUCUCUCCCAGUGGGAGCCUGGAGGAAUGUCAGCCCUGGACCCAGUGCAGUGGCUGGCUUAGGACAGAGACGCAGCCUGGGACCAGCAGCUCAGAUGUCACCUGCUCCUUGAGGAUGCCGGUGGUUCUUGGGUGCCUCCUUGUUGUUGGUGUCUUCCUUGGCCUGGUGAUGGUCUACGCGUCGGAGGAGAAGAGCAAAGAGCAGGGGCGCCGUGGCCAAGUGGGAGGCACGGGACACAGAGGGCGAAGCCACGGCCCUGCCCGUUCUGCCGGACGUCACCACGGUGGCCGUGGAGGAGACGACACCCGAGUUCACAGGGAGGGACCCGAACCGCUGAUCCACAGGCUCCAGGACCUCUGAGACAUCUCAGCGGCACCUGCUGAGGCCUGACAUCCAUCUCCUUAGACCACGGGAGGCAGGUGGCCUGGUGGCCCUGCCCUGGAUGGGCUCAGGCUCCAGCCUGCAGGAGACGGUGUGCUGCCGGGCUGCGGCUGCCGUGCACACCGCGCACCACGACACUUCCCGGCCGGCCCAGGAGGGCCCCAGCCUCCUGCGGCUGAUGCCUGCCGAGGGGGCAAGGGGGCGGCAGCACUACCUCACGGGCGGAGCGCACAGGCUUGGCCACGAGUGUGGCAUUAAAUGAACACCUCGUUGUUUGAGAGCUUUUCUAACUUGGAUCUGUGUCCAGCUCCUUGUUGCUAUUUAUCGUGAAAGUCCGUCUC